UUCGUCAAUUGUGCAUUUAGAUACUAGAGAUAAGUGCGGUUCUGCCAGGUUCUACUGAUGUCGCAACAAUUCAAUCUAACCUACGAAAAAAAUUAACAGCGUCUUGUUCAAAGUAACUGUCAGUUCACAAUACGUCAACGUAAAGUGAUUCUAUUAAAAUUAUUUUGUAUAUUCCCGACUUUUAUUAGUUCAUUAAUUGAUAAGCGAAUUCAUAUUUGCAACACAUGGCUAAUAGAUCCUUGUUAGAUGAUAAAUCAUAAAAAUUUGAAUAUAUCGAAACUAAGAAUAAGAAUAGUAUCUCAAUCGAAGAAUUGGAACGGUAUUCGCCACGGCUUUCACAGAGAUGGUUGGAUUGGCGGGCGGGGGAGGUCAUCUGUAUCCCUCGCCCCCAAUGCAACCUAAUCCAGAAUUGAGAGAAAUGACAGGAAUCGCUCCUAGUGCCCCAACUAGUGCAGAUGCUUGUUUAAGCAUAGUACAUUCUCUCAUGUGUCAUCGUCAGGGUGGAGAAAGUGAAGGAUUUAGUAAACGAGCUAUUGAAUCUUUGGUUAAAAAGCUUAAAGAAAAACGAGAUGAAUUAGAUAGCUUAAUAACUGCUAUUACUACAAAUGGAGCUCAUCCUAGUAAAUGUGUUACAAUACAGAGAACAUUGGAUGGAAGGUUACAAGUUGCUGGUCGUAAAGGUUUCCCACAUGUUAUUUAUGCACGAAUCUGGAGAUGGCCAGAUUUACACAAAAAUGAAUUAAAACAUGUCAAAUACUGCCAAUUUGCUUUUGAUUUAAAAUGUGAUUCUGUAUGUGUAAAUCCAUAUCACUAUGAGCGAGUUGUAUCUCCUGGCAUAGACCCGUUCUUUACAGACCUAUCUGGACUGACUCUGCAAUCGGGAGUAGGCGUAGGACCAGGUGGUAGAUUGGUCAAAGAUGAAUAUUCAGUUGGUGGUGGAAGCAGUGCAACAGCUGGAGCAGUAGGAUCUGCAAUGGAUGUUGAUGGAGAAAUGAACCAAACUAUUCAGCAUCAUCCACCUACUCAACCUACUUCAUCUAAUAACACUCAGUCAUCUCAACAGACUUUUAUACCAGGUCUAGCACCACCUAAUUCAACUAGUGGUGAGGGUGUGUUUGGCAGUAAUGGGGGAGGGAAUAAUGGUGGUAAUCCACAUAAUAAAUUGGAUGACAAUAAUUGCCCCAGACAAACCUGGAUUCCUACACCUCAUCAUCCUACAACACGUAACAUUCAUCAUCCAGUAGUACAUCCAAUGAGUCACACCGUAGGUAGCCAACAGCAGUCAUUGAAUACAUCUAGUGGAAGCAGUGGAACACAGAUGCUGAGUCCUUCACAGGGACAAUCUACUGAAACAUUUUAUGGAACAAACACACCUCCUCAAGAUCUUAAUCAACCACCUACUGUUGAUGCAUUAGCAGCAUCUUUAGGCGAAGGUCAAAAUUCUCCCGUAUCUCCUGUACAUCUUCAUCAUUCAAAUGGAUUUCCAGUAGGUACUGCUGCUUAUAAUUCAGGAGCACCACAAUGGACUGGACCCAAUACUUUGACAUAUACACAAAGCAUGCAACCUCCAGAUCAUAGACAUCUUCAUCCUACUUCUUAUUGGGGUGGUCAUGGAGGUGAAGUAAGUGGAAACAUCGGUGGUUUAUUAUCUACACAACCAGCACCAGAAUAUUGGUGUUCAGUUGGCUAUUUUGAAUUAGAUACUCAAGUAGGUGAGACAUUUAAAGUAAGCAGUGGUUGUCCUACUGUAACAGUUGAUGGUUAUGUGGAUCCAAGUGGUGGCAAUAGAUUUUGCUUAGGAGCUUUGAGUAAUGUACACAGAACAGAACAAAGUGAAAAAGCUCGUCUUCACAUAGGAAAAGGAGUUGUGUUAGAUUUAAGAGGUGAAGGAGAUGUUUGGUUAAGAUGCCAAAGUGAACAUAGUGUUUUUGUACAGUCUUAUUAUUUAGACAGAGAAGCAGGUCGUGCACCCGGGGAUGCUGUGCAUAAAAUUUAUCCCUCUGCAUAUAUUAAAGUCUUUGAUUUACGACAAUGUCAUAAACAAAUGAGAGGUCAAGCUGCUACUGCUCAAGCUGCAGCUGCUGCCCAAGCUGCAGCUGUAGCAGGACAUCUAACACAUGGAGCACCAAUUACUAAAAGUCUUAGUGCAGCAGCAGGAAUAGGUGUAGAUGAUCUUCGACGACUUUGCAUUUUGCGUCUAAGUUUUGUAAAAGGUUGGGGUCCUGAUUAUCCUCGACAAAGUAUAAAAGAAACUCCUUGCUGGAUAGAGGUACAUUUACAUCGAGCUCUUCAAUUGUUGGAUGAAGUUUUACAUACUAUGCCAAUAGAUGGUCCACGGGGAAUUGAAUAAUUUUAUUUAAUUUUGGAUAAUACAUAAAUAUGUACAUCAAGAAAUGUAUCAAAAAAAGACACAUUACUACAAAUUCUGCAUCACGUGUGCAAAAUGUAUAAAAUACAUACAUAUAUGAUACUGUGUAAUAUUAUUAAAAAUUUUGAAAAAAAUCAACAAAAAAUUGUUGAUUCAAAUGAAAUAGUGUGAACUUUAAAUCCAGAAAAAAAAAAGAAAAUCGUGUUGUUCGAGGUUUUUAUUGAAAUUUUUUAUAUAUUUUACACACAUGAUUUACCGUGUAGGAUAAAAUGUGCCACGGCCUUGAAUUACCGUCAACGUACAAAUAUUUUGCAAAGGAAAUAUUAUUUUUCUUUAUAAAAAAUUAUUUUUUAAGAAAAAAGAAGUACAUCUACAAAAAGAAGUGAAAUGGAAGACUUCUAUUUUAAUAGGCAAUCAUUAUCUGAUUUAAGAAGAAAAAUACAUUUUCUACGGUAUGGCCUGGUGAGCUCAGCAAAAUGCAUGGGUAAAACGUGAUACUUUCGGAAUCAUGAAUAGUUGUAAUCUCAUUUUUGAGAUUAGCUUUGUAAGAUAGCAUAACUUACAUAUAUUCUACUUAAAGAAUGAUAAUAAGCUCAUUCACUGUUUAUGUCAAAUAUAACAACAGUAAAAGAA